UACAUCUCCGCCAUAACUAGGGCCAUCGAUUUUUGCGACUGGAUUUCACCUGCACGCGACCCAGACCAGACUCAUCCACCAUGGCAGGGGCAGACGCAUUUACGCAAAUGCUGCCCAAACCCCAGCCCGUCCGAGUGCUAUUGCUUGGUUCGGGCGGUCGGGAGCAUGCCAUCGCCGUGCACCUGCUCCGCUCUCCCCUUGUUGAGCACGUCUACGUUGCCCCUGGAAAUGGAGGCACAGACGAAAGUGUGGCGGGACGUUCAAAUGUGCGAUGCACCAACCUCACCGACGUCAAAGUCAAGGGGAAAGACUUUUCUGAAAUUACUGAAUGGGCAGUCAAGAAUGGAAUUAGCUUAGUGGUACCCGGUCCUGAGCAGCCGCUCGUAGACGGCGCUGAGAAAGCUUUCAAGAAGGUCGGUAUUCCGUGCUUCGGGCCGACACCUCUGGCAGCGCAGAUGGAGGGCUCCAAAACGUUCUCCAAGCACUUCAUGUCGCGACACUCGAUCCCAACAGCCCGCUACUCUUCUUUCACUGCAUCGCAGAUCGAUGAAUGCCUGGCGUAUAUCAAGGAGCUCGGUGGUGCCAAAUCGGUCGUGCUCAAGGCGAGCGGUCUCGCAGCUGGAAAAGGCGUUCUGCUGCCCGAGUCGGAAGCCGAGGCACAGGAGGGUGUGGAGGACAUUCUCGUGCGAAAAGUUUUUGGCGAAGAGGCUGGUUCUUCUUUGGUGAUCGAGGAACGUCUUUACGGGCCGGAGCUCUCCGUCUUGGCUUUCUCUGAUGGAUACACCAUCAAGGCACUGCCAGGUUGCCAGGACCACAAGCGGAUCGGGGAAGGUGACACAGGUCUCAACACUGGCGGAAUGGGAGCGUAUUGCCCAGCGCCUGAGGGCGUUCCAUUUGAGAAUGAGAUCCAGCGAACGGUUCUCCAACCGACCAUUGACGGCAUGCGCAAAGACGGGAUCCCGUUCGUCGGCUGUCUCUUCGUCGGCCUGAUGCUCACCGAGAGCGGGCCAAAAGUCCUGGAGUACAAUGUGCGCUUUGGCGAUCCCGAGACGGAAGCCGUGCUCGAACUGCUCGAGACGCCGCUUGCGGACAUCAUGCUUGCUUGCACGCAAGGUCGCCUCGAUGCAAUUGAUUUGAAGGUCAAGCAAGGAAUGCACGCGGUCAGCAUCGUUCUCGCAUCUGAAGGCUACCCGGGCAAGUACCCCGUCGGCUUUCCAAUCAACAUUCCAACGCCAUCUGAACUGCCGGUGAGCGUGAACGUGUACCAUGCUGGUACGAAGAGGGAUGCCAAGGAAAACGUCGUCACUGCCGGUGGACGCGUUCUGGCCGUCAGCGCUGUAGGGAAGACACUGCAGGAGGCUGUCACGCUCGCGUACCAGGGCGUGGACAUGAUCCAAUUCCAAGGCAAGACCUUCCGCCGCGACAUUGCACACCGAGCGCUGAAGCCCGCCUCAACUGCGACUGAGGUACCUACUGAGGAGGACGCUCCCCUCACGUACGCUUCAGCCGGCGUGUCGAUCGAUGCGGGCGAUUCGCUCGUUAAUGCCAUCAAACCGCUUUGCAAAUCAACUCGCCGGCCUGGAUGCGAUGCUUCCCUUGGUGGAUUUGGUGGCGCUUUCGACCUCAAAGUGCUUGGGAUGAAGGACCCAAUCUUGAUCAGCGGGACAGAUGGAGUGGGAACCAAGCUGCGGGUUGCCCUCGACGCGAACAAACAUGACACUGUCGGUAUCGACCUCGUGGCGAUGUCCGUCAAUGACUUGCUCGUGCAAGGCGCGCUACCGCUCUACUUUUUGGACUAUUUUGCGUGCUCCAAGCUUGCCGUUCCAGUUGCAACACAAGUCAUCUCUGGCAUCGCGGAGGGCUGCCGUCAGUCCAACGCGGGUCUUAUCGGUGGAGAAACGGCCGAGAUGCCGGGAAUGUAUCACGAAGGCGAUUACGACUUGGCCGGCUUCGCCGUCGGUGCAGUGGAGCGCGAAGCACUCCUGCCGAAGAUGAGCGAAAUGAAAGAAGGUGAUGUCGUGCUCGGUCUGCGCAGCUCGGGCCUGCACAGCAAUGGUUACAGUCUGGUCCGCAAAGUCGUCGCUCGGGCAGGGUUGCGGUACGACGGCCCAGUGCCAUGGCAGGCUUCCGCGGAGGAGGCGCCCCUGCCUGCUACACUGGGUGAGGCGCUUCUCAUCCCAACUCGUAUCUACGUCAAGGCACUUGAGCCGCUCCUGGCAGCACCCAGUGGCCUGCUCGGCAUGUCGCACAUUACUGGCGGAGGGUUCACAGAGAAUAUCCCGCGCGUCAUGCCGGAAGGCUUUGGCGUGCAGCUCGAUCUGAGCAGUUGGCAGCGGCCGGGGGUCUUCCCAUGGCUUCAAAAUGUCGGCAAGAUCGAGCAAAGAGAGAUGGCGAGAACAUUCAACAACGGCAUCGGCAUGGUUCUCAUCGUACAAUCACAAGAGCAGGACAGGAUCAUGCAUCUACUCAAGCAGGGCUCCGACGGAAAGACGCCGGUCGUGAUGGGCAAAGUUGUCAAGGGAAGCGGUGUCUCUUAUACAGGAUUCGAGUCCUGGAGUGUGUGAUUUCAUAUACAAAUAGAUUCGAAUGGAAGAUCAUGUGGCUAACCGACUUGAAUACAAUGUUUCCAAG